AGAGAGCGAAGUCGCGGCGACUUAUUAUUAAGUCGCGGCCGCAGUCUCUGCAAUUGUGGCGCCGAAUCCGGCGAGACGAGUGCGAGUUUCGGCCGUCGACGGCCCUAGUGUCGCGAGUGAUGAGUGCUUCGGCCGCCGACGGCCGCUAGGCGGCCAGUGCAUGCCGAAUCGUUGGCCGUGUCGACAGUGCAGUCGGCGCCGUCGGCCGCCCCCAAUUUAGCGGGGCCGCCUCCAGAGUCGCCGCCUCAUCGAUGAGCCCGAAUGCCCCCGCGCGCCAUGCUGUUUGGAUCUGGGUGUUCGUGGUGUGCGUGCUCGGCGUAGGGCAGAGCGCGCAUGUGCAGUGCGGCUGGUGGCAGCACUGUGCCCAGCAGGCUGGCCACCCGCGCCCCCUAGACGCGAUCGAGGGCAGUAGAGUGGCCGCGGUGGGCAGCAGCGCAGAGCUGAACGGCCGCCCUCAGCUCGAUGGCCCGUCGGUGAGGCCGACCCCGGCCGCCCCCCGCUUCUGGACUGUGUGUCGCAGCUUGUUGAUGGGGGCGCGCCGCCCCGGGCACGCCCCCUGCUGUAGCGGCGAUGUCGCCCGUGGGACCAACGUGUUCCCACUCUGUCCCCAUUGCGCACCCCAAGCGCCUGACUGCUCCCACUCCGACUCCUUUACUGAUCAGACAUUCGCAUUCCAAGGAAGAGCGGCCAGGGAGGCCGAAAGGAGGGUCGUGGCCGCGGCCACUGAGCAGCAGUUGCGGAGCCGAGACGUGUGCAACAGCCUGUCAAAAAAUUUGCCUGUCUCUAUCCAAGUGCCCGAAAAUACAAGACACAACGGCGAUUUCAAUUACAGGACACCAGAUCAGCAGGAGGAGCUGACGCGGCUGAAAGUGGCGCCGAACCGGACGGCGCCGGGUUCAGCACACAUGACGACAUACACCAGGGGGCCAGGAGGCGGCAGCGGGGGACCCCCAAGAUACGGGGAAGAUGUGGCCAACUCGUUAGCUGCGUUUGGUGAUGAAAAAGCCAUCAAGAACGUUAAAGUGGUGUCGUGCCGAAACAAUAACAAGCCACCAAGUGAGAGACAAUGCUUCACCUGACCGGGGGCGCCGCCGCCCCCGCAUUUCGCAGGACUCGCCCCAGACGGACGAUCAGUGGUUCUUUUGUGUUGCGCAAAAAGCAUAACUGCAGACCAUAAUUAUUAUUAUGAUUAUUAAUUAUUAUUAUUAUUAAUUACUUCAUUAAACACUCUAUUAUUGAAAAUGGCAAA